CGGAGGCGGGUCUCACGGUCCGCCCGGCCCGGCGGGGAGAGGCGUCCGCAGGCUCUGCGCGGAGCGGCAGCGAGCAGCCCCCAGUCCCGCCGCCGCGCUCGGCGCCUGCGGAGGAGCCCAGACGCGUAGCAGCUGCAAGACCCAGAGAAAGAGCUGUCAGGAUGCCAGAGCCAGCAAAGUCCACCUCUGCCCCAAAAAAGGGCUCCAAGAAAGCCGUGACAAAGACCCAGAAGAAGGGUGAUAAGAAGCGGCACAAGAGCAGGAAAGAGAGCUACUCCAUCUAUGUCUACAAGGUGCUGAAGCAGGUCCACCCCGACACUGGCAUCUCGUCCAAGGCGAUGGGCAUCAUGAACUCCUUCGUUAAUGACAUCUUUGAGCGCAUCGCUGGAGAAGCGUCCCGCCUGGCCCAUUACAACAAGCGCUCCACCAUCACCUCCCGGGAGAUCCAGACGGCAGUGCGCCUGCUGCUCCCAGGAGAGCUGGCCAAGCACGCUGUCUCGGAGGGCACCAAGGCUGUCACCAAGUAUACAAGCUCCAAGUAGCCAGAUGUCACCUCUCCAAUGGGACCAUCAACCACCGGACCCUCCGCGCAAGCACAGGCAGGCAGCCACAGUCCAGAUAAACAUCAUGGCUAUUAUCCACAGCAAUUUACAGCCUUGGGGUGCGCAUGAGAAGCUGAGGAGACAGUGAUCUGGAUGGUGGCUGAUUUUCAUAAUCUGUUUGGGACACGCAGCAGGUUUGGCAAGGCUGGUGGAGGAGGGCCCUGCUUUCACAUCUCAUCCAAAGGACUGACGAACCGUAGUAUGCCCAAACUCUCCUCUGUGCUUGGCAACAUGCAUGCUUGGCACUGGCUGGGGAGGCAAGCAGUGGCAACACGGAGAUGCCAUCUCUUUAUGUCUUCCUGUUUGGCUGCUUUCUCACAGUCAUCCAAGAUGGGCACUGAAGAGUCAGCACUGGUACCCAUCCUCUCCCUCAUAGCCCAGAUCCAUCCCGGUGUACAGUGGCACAGCCCACCCCAUGCCAGCAGAGGUGUCAUUGACAGCUACCAGGCACAGGCUAUAGCAUAAAAUUCACAUUGAUUCAACAGCUAUCUGUGCUUGACAGCCUGUUUAAAGAGCAAGCCUGGCAGGCAGAUGCUGGGAUGAAACCAAGCACUAUUCUUCCUCAUUGCUGCCAGUGGAUAAGCCAUUAAUCAGGCUGAGGGUGCUGGUGCUGGAGCUGCCCACUGCCUCUUCCCUUGUGCCAAGGCAGACAGACGGACAAGGGGGGAUGUUGGGGCUGGGUCACUUCUGGCUGCUGGGUCACACUGGCUGCUGCUUUAGGACUUGCUUUGUGUGCAAGACAUUGCUAAAUCUGCUGCUUUUCAGAGACUUUCCCUCCCUUGACACUGCCUCUGUGCUCCCUGCCACCGUACACAUGGGUGAGAUGGGGUGGUGCUUAGAGUAUUAUCUGUUGUGAGCACUGGGGUGAUGCAGGACAAGCAGCACAGAGGUGUGGGGAAGGGACUUCGGAAGGGGUCUGGAGUGGGAGCAGAGGUGGUUAAUGCAGGCUGGGGGAGAGGCAGGCUCCCUGCACUGUGGGCAGUUCACCUGGCCCUUUCUUCCCUGCUUUGUUCAUUGGUUAGAACAACCAGUGAAGCAAAACUGGAGCUGAGUGGAUAUACAGGAACACUUGCCUGCAUCCCAGUGACAUUUUAAAGACUAAAUAAGUUUAAACUGCUUCAGAUAGUCCCCAUGUCUUCUCAAAGUCCACAGUAAGGUGAGCAAUAAUAAAAGCCAUAGAGGUUAGUGGAGGAAUGUCUUGGUUGCAGGUUGUCUUGCCCAGGCUGUUGGAUAGCAGAAGAGCAUGUGUGGAACUGGUGUGAAGUUGAAGCUUCCUACUCAAAACACAAAAUUAGCCAUCAUUAAAAAAAAAAGAAAACCCAACUCUCUGGUAGGCAGUAGCACUUGCAUAGAAAA